AUGCUAUCCAGAACCUUCAGCUUCUUCGCCACGGAUGCAGUGCAGCCCAAGGAGGAUGCUCAUGUUGAGCGUAAAGGUCCUCCUGAGACUGCACCCAAGUGUGGUCCAAGUCAAAAAUGUGCCGGCGCGCUCCGAUCCGCGCUAGAACGGCAGAGGCUCGGGCAGCUUUCUCCGAGCUUGGUCCCGGCUCUGGUGACACCUCCCGGGCACCCGUGGCGUGAGCAGGCCGUGCACCCACAGAAUCGGAGUCGGGUAGACCCGGGGGCGAUCUGGGAGGUGACUCGGCCUGGCAGGGACUUGGAACGCUGUGCGGCUCCCAGGCCGCGAGGGGAGGGACCGGGAUGUGCGCGGGAGCUGAGGGUCACCCGAGGCCACCGCGCCCUGCCCUGCGCGGGUAGCUGGGGGCUGGACUUAGUGCCCACGGGCGCGGGUGGGCAGGCAGAGGGGAGCGCGGCGGAGAGGAGGCGGCGGGCGGGGCCUGGAGGGGCGGGAGAAGGUCUGGGAGCCACGGGAGACCCAGAACAGCCCCACACUCUGAGGCAGCGUGGGAGCCAGGCUCCCCUCCUGUGUGCCGCCUCCCCCCCCCCGGCGGCCCGCGCGGGCGGGGCGAGCCGGGCCCCCCCCCCCCCGCGCCCCCCCCAAAAAGUGCAGUCCCAAGGUGGCUGCGCACCCGGGCGGGGGAGGUACUUGUGUGACACGGCGGAGGAGUCACUUUGCCUUUCCCCCUGGACCAGCCCGACCCACAGUUUGGGGCAACUUGGCAAGACAAAGAACCCACAGUGCAGAAACGAUAUCCAUGACAGCGAUGGGAGCUCAAGCAGCAGCAACCAAGGCCCCAAGAGCACAGCCAAGUGGGCGUCCUCCUUGGAGACUCUUCUGGAAGACCCAGAAGGCGUGAUGAGAUUCAGGGAAUUUUUGAAAAAGGAAUUUAGUGAAGAAAACGUCUUGUUUUGGCUAGCGUGUGAAGAUUUCAAGAAACUGGAGGACAAGAAGCAGAUGCAGGAAAAGGCCAAGGAGAUCUACAUGACCUUCCUGUCCAAUAAGGCCUCAUCUCAAGUCAAUGUGGAGGGUCAGUCUCGGCUCAGUGAAAAGUUCCUGGAAGAACCACACCCUCUGAUGUUCCAGAAGCUCCAGGAGCAGAUCUUCAAUCUCAUGAAGUAUGACAGCUACAGCCGAUUCUUGAAGUCUGACUUGUUUUUGAAACACAACUGUACUGAUGAAGAGGAAGAAGAGCCUCCCGACGCUCAAACCGCAGCUAAACGUGCUUCCAGAAUUUACAACACAUGAGCCCGAGAGCUAAGACCUUCACCACCACCACCACCACCACCCCCCAUGGCGCAGAGGAUGGACUCUUGGAACUGUGCAGGGCUGUCAUUGCUUCGUUAUGUUUGAGGACUGAAGUAUGCAAGACCUCCCCACAAGAUAUGUGUAUUUUAUUAACGGUUUGACCAGUAAAGUAACUCCUGCAUGUUAGCUAACCCUCCAUUAAAAACAAAAGUAGCUUUAAAGUUUCCGUUCACAAAACAAAUGCGAUUUCUCCAAUACUGGAUACUCACAGCAUUUUAAGCUUAAUUAAAUUCCCUGAGAGUCCACAAGUGAA